AUGACGACCAUGAGAUCCAUUGGCAAGCUUCUAUUAUUGGUGCUCUCCUCUGUCAGUGCCCAGACGUGGCCGAGAUGGAUUAAUACCCGUUACGAAUACAAACCUACCGCUGGGAAUAGCAAGUGUGCGCUGGUGAACGUCGUUGUUGACGAAUCCGGAUCGAUGGAGACGGAGCAAGCUUUCUUAAGAGAAACAGCACUUCCUAGAAUUGCCGAAAGUCUCUACACGAUCUAUGGAUACGAUCACGUCUUUUUGAGUUCGAAUGGCUUUGGAAGUCGAUAUGUCGUCUAUACAGAUCCUUUGUACUUUCGUCACCUUGGAGCUUCUAGAUUCGAGCACACCGCACCAUUUGCACCUGAGAAUCCUCAACUUCUUGAAUGGGUGAAUAACGGAAGCCGCGAAGAUGGGUACCAUGGGUUGCGAAGUGCCAUGUACUGGGUACCUCUUGUGAUUUCUGGUUACAACAUGCAUGAAGAAUGUGCCACCAUCGAUAGAAACUUGAUCUUGGUGACUGAUGAGGAUCGAGACAACGAAAACAAAGGGGUUACAAUGGACGAAGUCCAGCGAUGGAUGGCUGACCGUGACUACAUUCUAAAUAUUGUCAUUCCAAUCAAUAUUCUUGGCGAAAUUAACAAUCUUGGUGCAAAAGUCACCAGCAGUGGUGCGGAAAUGUUCGUUGCAGAUGGGAGUGGAGGCUAUACCACCGAGCUCUCGGAGGUACCUUUCAGCGAGAUUGCAGAGAACAAUCCAGCAGAAGGUUUUUCUAACCCAGAGCAUACUGCCUACGAACAUUAUGUUCCACUGAUUACUGAUACCGAGGGUGCAGUGUGGUGUGUUGACUCUCUUCGACGGGGGAUUAGAGAUGGGGAUCAAAAUCUUGCCCUCUCAUUUGCAAAUGCCUUUGUUAAUGUCAAGGCAGAAGAAAUCUUCUGCCUUUCCACAAAUUGUAACCCUACAAGUGGGCCAACUACUGCGCCUACUUCUGGACCUACUGGAGCACCCACUACAUCUCCGCCUUCGACUUCGCCCACAGCGUCGCCUACACCUGCACCUUCGACUUCGCCUACAACGUCGCCUACACCUGCACCUUCGACUUCGCCUACAACGUCGCCUACACCUGCACCAUCAACGUCGCCCACCACGUCGCCCACGCCUGCACCUUCGACUUCGCCUACGACGUCGCCCUCAUCCACGCCAACAAAGAGCCCGGUCGUGCCAACUUCUUCAGCUGCACCUACUUCUUCAGCUGUACCAACAACGAGUCCGGCCGCUUUCCCUGACGUUCCUGACAGUACUAGAACCCCCGAAGCUACCGAUGCAGGCAGCAAGGGAGACCCCCAUUUCAAAACAUGGCAGGGAGAGCACUUUGAGUUCCAUGGUCAGUGCGAUUUGACAUUGGCCAAGGACGAUCAAUUCGCCAAUGGACUGGGGCUGAACGUCCAAAUUCGAACCAAACUUGUUCGGUAUUGGUCGUACAUUAAGACUGCUGUCAUUCGCAUUGGACAAGACGUUCUAGAAGUCGAAGGGGGUAUGGACUUUGAAAAUCCACAUCCAGUCUACCGGUACAACUUUGAACCUCAAGGAGAGAUUGAUGGAAUGGGAGGCUUUCCAUUGAAUAUCACCUACAUCGGUGAAGGUUCCGGAAGGAUCUACAGAUACAAGAUUGACUUGAGCUCCAAGUAUCCUGGACUAGUGAUCAGUAUCGAAACUUUGAAGGAAUUCGUCAAGGUGGAUUUCAGCCAGCCUUCCGUAGAAGCCUUUGGGAAUACCGUUGGUAUUUUGGGUGAUUUCAAGACAGGAAAGACUUUGGCACGGGAUCAAAAGACAGUCAUCCACGACUUUACCGAACUUGGUGUCGAAUGGCAGGUACUCCCAGAGGACGACAAAUUGUUCCAUGAAAUAUCGCAUCCUCAGUUCCCGGAAUCUUGUAUUCUUCCAGAGGAUCCUAGAGGACAACGAAAACGUCGCAGACGUCUUGGUGAUGCCAGCAUCAGUCUAGAACAAGCCGAAGCAGCAUGUAGCAAGUUAAGCGAUCCGAUGGAUGUCAAGGAUUGCGUCUACGAUGUAUUGGCCACUCAAGACUUGGACAUGGUCGGUGCCUUUUAA